GGUGAUAUUGUGUCUCGAAAUGUUCAGCUGAUCACCAGCACGAUAGGUACGCAGAUGCGGAGAACAGUGGGGAAACCAGAAUUGGCAAUGCAGCCCUGGAAUGCUAUAAAGCUCGCGAUAUUUUUGGUCAAGGGGAUUCACCGCUUCUUUUGACGCCUGAUCGCAUAACCACCCCCUUUACAUAUCUAUCACCAAUCCUGUCUAUCAACCAUGCCUGGCAACAGCCUCGCCCAAAGGCUUGCCGAUCAGUCGCACAUCAACCACCUUCUCUCUCUGGACCAUGUACCAUGGUACAAAAAGCCUAACCUGCGCCUUUUGUAUCUCUGCAUCGUUCCCGCCGCCCUCGGUGUCGAGAUGACUUCCGGCUACGAUGGCUCGGUAUUGAACGGUCUUCAAGCAGUCCAGCCAUGGUUAGAUUACUUCCAUAACCCUCAAGGCGCAAUCCUUGGCGUCAUUACUGCAGCCUUCUCUAUUGGCGCGGUCAUCGCACUUCCUGUCGUACCCAUGUGCAACGAUCGCCUUGGUCGAAAGCCUUCAAUUAUAAUUGGGUCUAUCAUCAUCUUAAUUGGCGUCAUACUUCAGACGUCAUCCGUUAACAUUGCAAUGUUCCUUGUUGCUCGUCUCUUCCUUGGUGGCGGAAUUCCUUUCGCCAUUGGUGGAGCCUCGCAACUGAUCUCGGAGCUUGCAUACCCGAAAGAGCGCGGUGUUCUCACAGGCCUUUUCAAUGAGUCAUGGUACGCCGGCUCCAUCAUCGCUGCCGGCGUGACCUUGGGCACAUUCUCCUGGACCAACGACUGGAGCUGGCGGCUUCCUUCGCUGCUGCAGUUCGGCCCGUCAUUCCUCCAGCUGGUAUUUAUAUGGUUCAUUCCCGAAUCACCAAGGUGGCUGGUAGCUAAGGGUCGUGAAGAAGAGGCGUACGAUAUCUUGGUUAAAUACCAUGCCGAAGGCGAUCGUGAUAGCCCAUUCGUGGCCGCCGAAUUCCAGGAGAUCAAGCAAUACAUCAGACAAGAAGUCGAAAGCGAGAAAGGUGCUUGGAUCGACUUGCUGAAGACGUCUGGCAACCGCCGUCGAGUACUUAUUGCGGCUUGUGUUGGUCUCUUCUCCCAGUGGUCAGGCAAUGGACUGGUUUCCUAUUACCUUGCUAAGGUUCUUGCUACCGUCGGUAUCACGGUCAAACGUCAGCAGAACAUCAUCAAUCUCGGGUUGCAAUGUUGGAACCUCAUUACAGGCGUCACCGGCGCCUUCAUCACACACGUCCUAGGUCGUCGCCCUCAAUAUCUCAUUUCGUACACUGGUAUGUUGUUGGUUUUCAUUGCUUGGACAGCCGCUUCCGGUGUAUUUGCGGGCGAUAACAGCAACAAUGCUGCCGCGGGUGCUGUUGUGGCCAUGAUCUUCAUUUACUAUGCGUUCUACAACACAAUGAUGCCAUUAACCUACAUCUACAUCAUCGAGAUCUAUCCCUUCCUCACUCGUGCCAAGGGCGUCGCCAUCACCCAGACCUUCUCCCGUGCUGGCUCGGCCUUCAAUCAGUUCAUCAACCCGAUUGGUCUGGCUAACAUCUCAUGGAAAUUCUACAUCGUUUAUGUGGUAUGGUUGGCUUGCGAACUAACGAUCAUCAUUAUUUUCUACCCAGAGACCAAAGGGCCGACGCUGGAAGAGCUGAGCACACUGCUAGAUGGCCCUGACGCUCAGCUUCCAGACCAUUUCAAGGAACGCGGCUCCCACAUGACCGACAAUACAUCCGAGGGCGAGAAGGUUGAGAGAGAUCACAUGGAGCAAGAGGUCUAAAAUGGAGGGUUUCACGAGCCUUUUUUUAAUUCAAGGUGUAUGGAUGACAGUACAAGUGGCACAACUCGGGUUCUUCUGGUAAUCUUGUAUUGAAUCGUUCUUGAAAUAUUGUAUAGCUCUUUAUAAUUUCUCCAGCAGAGGCACGAGCUCUUUCCAGGUGUUUAUUGUGUAUAAAGUAUUUCUUAUUUUUGGAAGCCCGGAGGUCACACCCUGCUCCACCUGAAUGCCAUUUCGUUGACACGUCUCCAUCAACCCCUUGUCAUUUCCGACAACAACCCCGACAUCAGCUUCAAGCAAGCAAGCAAGGUCCGUCCUGCUGUCCC